UUCUGGGGUUAUGUUGAAUGUCAUAAUCAUAUCACAAUAUUAUUUGUUGAUCAUACUAUCUUAUUAGAAUUUUACUGCAAAAUUGUUACUUUUUAGUUCACUUCAUUGUAAAUUUGUCUUUCUAAAGAUUCUUUGCAGAGGCAAUUCUUCUAUUUUCACUUGUAAUUCUUCUAGAAGCUCUAAAUUGGAGUAUUUCCUUUCAGAAGAUUGUGUUAGCUAGCUAAUAACUAUAUGGAGAGUCAAGAGAAAAUUGAGAAUACCGAAAACGUACAAUAUGCUAAAAUAGAACUACCACAAUGUGAAGUAGUAAUUGACGAAGCCGAAAGUUCAUUUGCAAAUGACUCUCAAAUAAAUGGUGAAAAUAUGAUAACUUAUGUAGUUAUCCCUUCAGAUAUUGAUACUGAUCGAAUAAUAAUUAAUUAUUGUGAAUCUACAGAAGAUAAUGAUUUACUACUACCUGAUAAUAGUAAAACAGAAAACCAAUGUGUUUUAUGUGGAGAAACAUUCAAGAAUUGUUUUCUGUUACAAGAACAUUUCAGUACUGUUCAUGUAGGAAGUGAUCUUACCUGCCAAAUAUGUAAAUUACAGUGUGCCACAGAUCUCCAAUUGAUGAGACAUUAUAACAAACACAAGUAUUCCUGUAACCUUUGUGAGGCUAGUUUCGCAAAAUAUGAAGACUUAUUCAAUCAUAACAAAACACAUUCUCAAACACUUCCUUAUGCUUGUAAUAUAUGUGAUGAAGCAUACUCAUCAACAAGAGAAAUCAGCCUGCAUAUAAGGGAAAAACAUAACAAUAAACGAACACUCAGUAGUGAAGAAGGCAAUAAAAAUAAAAAAUUCGCAAAUGAAAGUUUAGUACAAAUCAAAGAGGAACAAAGCUAAGAAACAUAGGACGAAAGUAAUAUAUAUUUGUUAAAAUAUUAGUAUUUUUACUUGAACUGAUUGUAUGUUAACUGUACUUUUAUUUAAUCUAAUUAAAAUGUAACCGUUUUAGAAA